UGCGGUGGCUUGUUUUCCUGCAUUCGUUAGCAUGUAUAUCAAUACCGCGAUUGGAACCAUUCGAGCUCAUUUGUUGGAAGUCGGUUGCUGAAGGCGGCGCGCUGAGUGUUAUCGUGCGAUUAAUUAGCGCAAAGGCGCAGAAGCAGAUGCUACACUCGGUGGGUCUUUUACUCCUGGCUCAGACCAUAGCCGUCAUUUGCUUCCCGUGCUCCACUACGGACCAGCGACGCAGGAUCAUCGUCGAUCAGGAUGGCGGCGGUGACGAUGCGUGGGCCUUGCUAAUGCUUCUGAUGAACGAAAACCAGUUCAACGUUUCGGUGGAGGCCAUUACGUGUACGUAUGGGAACACCGACUUGGAGAACUCCGUUAGGAAUGCUGCGCGAAUUUUGGAUAGCUUAAACCGGCGGGAUGUUCCCUUGUUUCGUGGCACUAGUGAGCGACUCAUAACGCCGGCUCCUGCGAGGGACGACAAUGGGUACUUCUGGGGUGAAGAUGGAUUCGGUGAUGUGGUAUUCGAUGGCGAACCGGAUUUGACGGAUAUUCCGGAUGAGCAUGCCGUGAUGAAGAUGUACCAAUUGAUUCGAAGGUAUCCAGGUGAAAUAACGAUUCUUUGCUUGGGACCGUUGACCAAUCUGGCAAUGUUGUUCAAAAUGUUCCCCCACGCGAAAAAAGAUAUUGCCCAAAUAUAUAUCUUAGGAGGGAACAGGUACGGUGUUGGUAACACAGCUUACGCAGCGGAAUUUAACUUCUUGACGGACCCCGAAGCCGCCAACAUUGUGGUAAACAAUGCACCAACGAUGUUGAACAUUGUACCAUGGGAAACGGUACUGGAUUUGGAAAGAAUAUUUCCGAUCGAAUGGAGAUUUGAAGUCUUCAAACAACCCAGAAACAGGGCUGUUCAGAUAUUGAAUGAAGUAGAGUCGGUGGUUUACGCAAAUAUCAGUAGUUGGACCCCUUGCGACAUGUAUGCGGCUGCAGUUUUGCUCGAUAGCUGCCUAAUAAAUCUGGAAAAUCGCUAUAAGGCAGAUGUGGAACUUUCUGGAAGAAUUACUCGUGGCAUGCUGGGAAUUUUAUACCGGGAGGAUCGUGAGCAUCAAUUCAACGUAAAUAUUAUCGACGAAAUUGACGAAGAUGCACUUAAACAGAUGGUGGUAGACUUGAACAGGGAGCCUUGUGAGAGGAAUGUCCGGCGAUGUUGAUAAAUUUAAUACAAACUCUGAUUCACAACAGCUUCCAAUCAAAUUCAA